AUGUACCUCCUCUCCCUGGACUCCUUUCACCACAGCUCCUUGGACCCCUUCCACCACAGCUCCCUGGACUCCUUUCACCACAGCUCCCUGGACCCCUUCCACCACAGCUCCCUGGACUUCUUCCACCACAGCUCCCUGCUCCCUGGACUCCUUCCACCACAACACCCUGGUCCCUUCCACCACAGCUCCCUGGACUCCUUCCACCACAGCUCCCUGGACUCCUUCCACCACAACUCCCUGGACGCCUUCCACCACAGCACCCUGGACUCCUUCCACCACAGCUCCCUGGACUCCUUCCACCACAGCUCCCUGGACUCCUUCCACCACAACACCCUGGACUCCUUCCACCACAGCUCCCUGGACCCCUUCCACCACAGCUCCCUGGACUCCUUCCACCACAACUCCCUGGACUCCUUCCACCACAGCACCCUGGACUCCUUCCACCACAGCUCCCUGGACUCCUUCCACCACAGCUCCCUGGACUCCUUCCACCACAGCACCCUGGACUCCUUCCACCACAGCACCCUGGACUCCUUCCACCACAGCUCCCUGGACUCCUUCCACCACAGCUCCCUGGACUCCUUCCACCACAGCACCCUGGACUCCUUCCACCACAGCUCCCUGGUCUCCUUCCACCACAACACCCUGGACACCUUCCACCACAGCACCCUGGACUCCUUCCACCACAGCUCCCUGGACUCCUUCCACCACAGCUCCGUGGACUCCUUCCACCACAACACCCUGGUCUCCUUUCACCACAGCACCCUGGACUCCUUCCACCACAGCUCCCUGGACUCCUUCCACCACAGCUCCCUGGACUCCUUCCACCACAACACCCUGGUCCCUUCCACCACAACACCCGGUCCCUUCUACCACAGCUCCCUGGACUCCUUCCAACACAACACCCUGGACUCCUUCCACCACAGCUCCCUGGCCCCCUUCCACCACAGCUCCCUGGUCUCCUUCCACCACAACACCCUGGUCCCUUCCACCACAGCUCCCUGGACCCCUUCCACCUCUGCACCCUGGAUGCCUAAGGAGGGAGUUGCAGCAUAG